AUGCGGAAUUCCGCGGUUGAGGGAACAAGACACGGCCAUGACGGUGGAAAUUCAGCCACCAAAAGGGCGCCACUAUCGCAGGAAGACAACCGUAAGCGCCGGGCUAAACAUAAGAAACGUGGAGGGGGUGCUGAUGCCGAUUCUGCAGGCUCCGAAAGCGCUCCAACAUCGGCGGCUGUGGCACAUGGCAGCACACCGGCGUUACGCCACGGCGCGGAAUUCUUCGCCAACGCCGGAGCGCCGUUCUUGAGGAAGCUGGGCGCAUAUACGGAUGCGUUUCGGAAAUCCGUCAGUCGGGUGUACGACUCCGACAUGGCCGUCGACGCAGCGCUGGCCGUCACUUUCAUUCCCCUGAAAGAAGCGAUCGAGGCAAUGCCGAAGCAAACAGGCGGCACUUCGGCGAAUAACGAUCACCACUGCGAGCGUUUUGCAGAGUGCGUGUACAGAGAUGCCCUCCUCUGCGUUUGCUACAUGGGCAAGGCGCGGGCAGCCAACGGUCCGUAUGAUGGGUUGGAGCUUCUUACGGAAUUCCUGUACUACCAUCUGAUGCGCGUCGACUACUUGUUGGAAAACCGCGCUAUGCCGAAGGGUGCAGAGCUUCUGGAUUCGCAGCGCGUGAUCCCAUCCUCACCGCGCACUGUGGUUAGGGUGUGGGAAUCACUGCUCAGCCUGUCGCUGGCCAAGGAUCGCAAAUUACGCGUGGCUUUCAGCACCGUCACUUAUCACGUCAUGAGGCUGGCGUGCAAGGACGAAAUCGAAAUACCUCAGAAGCUCUUCACGAAGCAUGCGGACACCUUCGUGUCACUGCUCGCCGACCCCAACAAGGAAAUGCGGUACCGCUGCCUGCAGCUCCUCGAGCAUUUCCAGGACGAGCGCGUCAAGGGAGAGAUGCUGAAGCAUAUGGCGGACCCGGCCGCUGUUGUGAGGGUCGCCGCCGUCACGUUCCUGGACGUGCCGCCGACCCUGGAAGAGGCGCUGCCGGUGCUGCGCAAACUGAUAGCCAGGCUUGCUGACGUCUCCAAAGACGUGCGUUCCGGCGUUUACAAGAAGCUGGGAACCGUUUACAACGUGAUCCCCGUCGAAAUGUGCACCCAGAUAAUGUGCUACGGACUAUCCGAGGAGGCGCAGAGCAUGAAAAGAGCCUUUCUGUAUAUGCUUUCUUCCUGGAUCAGCAACUGCGGUGGCCUGGUAGGGUUCCUGUCUGACAUGAUCUCGCAGACCGACGACGUCACGGUGCUAGAGAACGCCAUUUCAUUUUACAUGAAGGGCACUGGGUGCCUCAAUUCCUUCUCCAUUAGGUCGGAUAAAGGCGUUGGCGGUGAAGGCGACGGGGCCGGCAGUGAUGUCGCUGGCGAGCGCGAGGCCGAGGAAGACGCCGAAAACAUCGUGGCGUAUAUGAAAAGGUUCAAAACGCUAUCCCCUGCGGAGUUGGUGCUUGUGAACGUCUUCUAUCAAAAUCACGCCCUGCCUGAGGAGGUAAAACUCAUUAACAUGGUAGACGUGAUUUCCUACGCGCAUUUCGUGCUCACCACGUUCUGCAACAUGCCUGACGAGUCAGACCAGGCUCCUCAGUCCGCCGUGAACGCCAUGGCAGACGACGAUGCGCAGUUCGUCGACGCAGUUGAGUCCAACCAAGCGGCGGCUGUGCACAAGUACGCCUCGGAGGACUGUGAAAGGAUGAAAAAGCUGUACUGGAACAUGUGCUUGGUCUCGCACGCGCUCCGUGCGCUGCUCGUUAUCGCGCACUGUCACGCCAUUGAGGACAGCUACCAGGUCGCUCUGACCGAAACCUUCUGCGACAAGAUACUGCUCCACAGCCCGGUGCGCAGCAACAUCACGGGCCUGAUGGCCGACGUUGUUGCGCAAACAACGCUGGGAAACAACUCGUACUCCCACGCGCUCCCCAGCCGCUGGCUGAAGGGAGGGGUGACGUUCGCGGCCACCAGCCUGCUGCGCUACGUCUACGCGCGCAAGUUCAGGCUCGACGGCAAGUUCAUCGGCGACGAUCCGCAGAUGGAGAAGCGGCACUUCGAAGUGUCCAUCACGCGCAAGGUGCUCUCCAUCAUCUCCGACAUAAAGGACCCCUUCCAAACCUCUGGUAUUUCCAACAUCAGCAUCCGGCGGGAAGAGCUGGAGCGGAUGGACCUGCAAAAAAUCAAGGGUUUCGACCCCACCAGCUACUCCAUUGAGCACCUGAGUCUGAUUGACGCGAAGCUGCGGGAGCAGAUGGAGCAGACGUGGACGCAGCAGGCCGAGCUGGAAAAUGUGAAGAGCGCGAGCAAAGAGCAGCAACAGCAACAGGAGAUGUUGCAGCAGCAGGAGGAGGCGCUGCUGGUGCUCCUGGAGAAGCAGCAGGCGUUCGCCACCGUCAUACGUAACUGCCUGAAGGAGCGCUGGACGCGCAUCAUGGCCAUCGUAGAGUCCUUUCUCGGGCAGACCCAAAGCAACUGCAGCGAGGAUGCGGGGCUCGCAGAGUUCCCACGCGCCAUUCUGCUGCCGCAGAUGGCCUUUUUCUGCUCCACAGUGGUCAAGUGGCGCGAUCAAAGCAUCACCGACCAGUACUGCGACGUGCUCACCAGCAAGUGCCUCGGGACGUGGUGCAUGCUGAACAAGGGCCGCGUCGAGCUGUGGAGGCAACUGAAUGCGUUCCACGUGGCUCUUAAAGGCGCCCUCGCCAUCCUGGAGGGGUGCCUCAACCAGGCGGCCGCUGAAGCGGAGUUCCCCUCCGACGCCCUUAGAAGGCGCAUCGAGAUGCAAACGCUACGCUGCGAAAUGUACAUGACCACGCUCACUGACCUACUCGUCACCAACGUGGAGCUGCAGCAGGGUGCGGCGGGGGAUGACGCCGCCAACGUAGAGCUCAUCGAAGAGCUCAAGGACACUCUAUGGGGCAUCGUGCACUGCAGCGUCAAGAGUUCUAAGUACGUGCAGUCGCUGGCUCUUAGGUUGGGAUGCCGCCUGCUCCUGACCGAAUUCCUCCGGAGCAAGCAGCAACGGGUCCAAAGCCCACAGACGGCGGAGGAGAAACGAUGCAGCGACGACAUCACCGUCGUUCGCCUACGCGGCCUCUUAGAGCUGGCCUUCGUCGCGCCGGCCGCAGCCCGGCACAUGAUCGCAGACUUCAAAUUCACGAGAUCGACGCGCUACGUCCCGAUAACGGCGGAGGACAAAAACAUCGUCGUGAGCAUGUGUGCCCUGUACCCCACGCUCUCGUACAGGCAUCUUCGCAACUUCCACAAGGUGCUCGAGCAGGUGCUAAUGCGGUCUGUGCAUCAUGCACUGCAGCUGGAGCUCCGUAUGGUGGGGUUCGCGCGCCUCAUAUCGUUCGCCGUGCAGACGGUCCUGCACCGGUCGCCGCUGUAUUUCUCGUUGGAGACCUUCGCGAAGUACUUCAAGUGGCUGCUGCUCAUCACGAUCGACAAGGGUCCAAUUCUGGCCGACCGUGGGGGCUUCAUGUCGCUAAUUGGCGCCCUGAUAUCGAUGUUCGUCACGCGCAACGUGUCCUCUCUGCUGGACCGCUUUGGCCUGUCGAGGCCAGAUGGCGCUGCGGACGACGAGCCGCGGUCCAUGAGCGACCUCUGCGCUCUGGCUAACCCUGCACUGGGGCUUCUGGAUCUGCGCGACAUGCUGCUGCUCCUCAACUACAUCAAGAGCCAGGGCGGCUUCGUCAAAGCAAAGGCUAACUUAAAGGUGGUGGACGAUCUGAUUGAGCUGGUUUCAAAUCAAAUGCGGAAGCUGGCCACCGUGCACACGAAAGACCUAGAAAGCGCCGAAGGAGGGGUUUCUGUAAUUCCGGGAGAGCCUCCUCAAAUCGUGUUCGCGGUGGAUGAUUCCACCGCGUUCAGCGAUCUAGUUGACGCGUACGACGCGUAUAUAUCAAGCCUAGGGCCACGUGAGCUCAGCGCGCUGUUGGUGGAAGUUGACGACGAAAAGCCGGCAGUGGUGGAGGAGGCGCCCGUUGCGAGCAGAAGGAUGACCCGACCCGUCCGCGGAACCAGGGCGUCGCAACCUGAUGCGGACGACGAGGCGGGAGAAGCCAGCGACGCGUCAAAUACGUUCACAGACGAUGAGGACGAGGAGUUUGUUGACGAGUGA